UAAAAGUUGGUCCGAGCAGUCAACUUUUUCACUGCUCACCGAGCCCAAGUCGGGAAGGAAUUGAAAGGAAAAUGUCCCUUCCCACGAUGGCUUCCCCUAGAAAAAGGACUUUUUGAAAGCGGUGGCUGGUUCGGAGAGUCCACCGCUUCCAUCCCCGUUCAGUUUUCAGUUGAAAGCCGAGGGGAGAAACUUUGGGAGCAGCUGGUCCCAGCCGCGACUAGCCAAUCGCUUCUCCAGCUCCUGGGAGUCUCCUCUCUCUUAAAAAGGAGAGCCCAAGGGAGACCAAGCCCCUGAUCCCUCCUCUCACUUGCUAAGUACGGGAGCCUCCUCCACCUAAGGGAGCCUCCUCGGGGGUUAGUUAGGAGCUAGCGCGGCGGCCUCGGCUCAGCUGCUUGGGGUCCUGACCAGCAGCCGAGGGCCAAGGUCUCAAAAGGAGGCGGGCCUCUCGGCGCUCGCAUUCCCCUCCCCUUAGCUCCGCUGCCCUCCUCCAAGAGGCGUGCACCGGGGCUAUUUGAGCGGCCGUGUUCCCGCGGGCCAAGCCGGCCACCCCCAACGCCCCCCGCUCCGUGCGGCAGCAGCAGGAGCAGCAGCAGCAACAGCAGCAGCAGCAGCAGCGGCGGCGGCGGCGGCGGCGGCGGCAGCGGCGGCAGCAGCGCGGCUCGCUGGGCUCCAAGCGCCCCGGCGAGCGCCGUGCGCCCCGAGAGUCCCGGCGAGCGCCGUGCGCCCCCGCCCCCGGACUCCUUCAGCCGGCCGCUGCGGCUGCUCCAUUAUGCCGGUGCUGCCGGGGAGGCGCGCCCGCUUCUCGCCGCUCGUGCCGCUGCUCCAGUUCUCCGCGCAGGCGGGGCCGUUCGUAGCACCCCCGACGGGACCCUCGGCCCCGGCGCGGAGCGCUUCCUAAGCGGAGCAGCCCUCCGGAAGCCCCGAACUCUCCCGCUCAGCAGCCCGCUCGUUCUCCCGGCUCGCUCGUUCGCUCUCUCCGGGUCCCUUCUCCUGGCCCCUUCUCGGAGCAGCGGGUCGCGCACUCGCAGGCGGAGCCUGGCCGAGCCGAGCCCGAGGAUCGCCGCCGCCGCCGCCGCCAAGAAGAGGAGAGCGGGGGUGGGGGCCGCGGGGGAGGGGUGGGGGGAGCACCAUGCAGUUUGUAUCCUGGGCAGUGGGAUUAUUACUCCUGUUACUCGUGUGGGAUCUAUUGGAGAUGACCCUGCAGGCUGCAGCGCUCUCGAAAACGAAACUGCACCCGCGACAAGUUAAACUAUUGGAGAGUCUGAGUGAAUAUGAGAUCGUGUCUCCCACCCGAGUGAAUGCCCUCGGAGAAGCUUUUCCCACGAACAUGCACUUCAAAAGAAAACGACGGAGCCUUAAUUCUGACAGUGACCCCUGGCCCGCCGAAGCCUCCUCCUCCUCCUCUGCCUCCCCCUCCUCCUCCUCUUCCUCCUCCCAGGCGCACUACCGACUCUCCGCCUUUGGGCAGCAGUUUCUAUUUAAUCUCACAGCCCAUGCCGGAUUUAUCGCCCCACUUUUCACUGUCACCCUCCUCGGAGAACCCGGGGUGAACCAAACAAAGUUUUACGCCGAAGAGGACGCUGAACUCAAGCACUGUUUCUAUAGAGGACAUGUCAAUACCAAGUCCGAGCACACAGCUGUAAUAAGCCUCUGUUCAGGAAUGCUGGGCACAUUCCGGUCUCAUGAUGGGGACUAUUUUAUAGAGCCACUGCUGCUCUUAGAUGGCCAGGAAUAUGAAGAGGAGCACAACAAGCCCCACGUUGUUUAUCGGCGGAGUGCUCCCAGCCAAGACUCGGCUGCCAGAAGACGGACCUGUGAGACAAAAGAACAUAAGCAUGGCGGCAAGAGGAAGAAAACCCGCACGAGAAACUGGCCAGACAGGGGUAUGCUGUCAGAUGAUGUGGAGAUAUUAAAAAGCAACUUGGCAGCAAAACCAUUCUCCGCCCAUGGUAACAAGACCGAGAGCAUGAGCGGGAGAAAGAGCCACAGGAGGAUGAAACGGUUUUUAUCGUAUCCUCGGUUUGUGGAAGUGAUGGUGGUUGCAGAUAGCAAAAUGGUGGACUAUCACGGAGCGAAUCUGCAACACUACAUUUUAACCUUAAUGUCAAUAGUAGCCUCUAUCUAUAAAGACCCAAGUAUUGGAAAUUUAAUUAAUAUUGUUAUUGUGAACUUAGUCGUGAUUCAUAAUGAGCAGGAAGGGCCCACCAUAUCUUUUAAUGCCCAAACAACAUUAAAAAAUUUUUGCCAGUGGCAACAUUCAAAAAACCAUCCUGGUGGAAUCCAGCACGACACAGCUGUCCUUGUCACAAGACAGGAUAUUUGCAGAGCUCAUGACAAAUGUGAUACCUUAGGUCUCGCUGAACUGGGGACGGUCUGUGAUCCAUAUCGAAGUUGUUCAAUUAGUGAAGAUAAUGGAUUAAGUACUGCUUUUACCAUAGCACAUGAACUUGGCCAUGUAUUUAACAUGCCUCAUGAUGAUAACAAUAAGUGUAAAGAAGAAGGAGUUAAAAGUCCGCAGCAUGUCAUGGCGCCAACAUUGAAUGUCUACACCAACCCCUGGAUGUGGUCCAAGUGUAGUCGGAAAUACAUUACAGAGUUCUUGGACACUGGUUAUGGAGAGUGUUUGCUUAAUGAACCCGAGUCCAGGACUUACCCUCUGCCUCCACAACUCCCAGGCCUCCUUUACAACGUGAACAAGCAAUGUGAAUUAAUUUUUGGACCAGGUUCCCAGGUGUGCCCAUAUAUGCAGAUGCAAUGCAGAAGACUUUGGUGCAUUAAUAUCGAUGGUGCUCACAAAGGGUGCAGGACCCAGCACACGCCCUGGGCUGAUGGGACCGAGUGUGAACCCGGAAAGCAUUGCAAGUAUGGAUUUUGUGUUCCCAAAGAAAUGGAGGGGCCUCGGACAGAUGGAUCAUGGGGAAAUUGGAGUCACUUUGGAACCUGCUCGCGGACCUGUGGAGGGGGAAUCAAAACAGCCACUCGAGAGUGCAACAGACCUGAACCUCGGAAUGGUGGAAGAUAUUGCACAGGUCGCAGAAUGAAAUUUAAAUCCUGUAACACUGAACCAUGUCCUCAUCAGAAGAGGGAUUUCCGGGAUGAGCAGUGUGCCCACUUUGAUGGAAAGCAUUUUAACAUUAAUGGUCUACUUCCCAGUGUGCGCUGGGUUCCAAAGUACAGUGGAAUUCUAAUGAAAGACCGGUGCAAGCUUUUCUGUCGAGUAGCGGGAAAUACGGCUUACUAUCAGCUCCGAGAUCGAGUGGUGGACGGCACACCCUGUGGACAAGACACUAAUGAUAUCUGUGUCCAAGGACUUUGUAGGCAAGCUGGAUGUGAUCAUGUAUUAAACUCAAAGGCACGACGAGAUAAAUGCGGGGUUUGUGGUGGCGAUAACUCCUCCUGCAAAACUGUGGCAGGAACAUUUAAUACCGUACAUUAUGGUUACAACACUGUGGUCCGGAUUCCACCAGGUGCUACCAAUAUUGAUGUGCGACAGCACAGCUUCUCAGGGAAGGCAGAGGAUGAUAACUACCUAGCAUUAUCCAGCAGCCAAGGAGAAUUCUUACUCAACGGAGACUUUGUCGUAACAAUGUCCAAAAAGGAAAUCAAAAUCGGAAAUGCUGUCAUUGAGUAUAGUGGCUCUGACAAUGCAGUUGAAAGGAUCAAUUCAACUGAUCGGAUUGAGCAAGAGAUUUUGCUUCAGGUCCUCUCAGUGGGCAAUUUGUAUAAUCCCGAUGUGCGUUACACGUUCAAUAUUCCAAUUGAAGACAGCCCUCAGCACUUCUACUGGAACAGCUACGGGCCCUGGCAAGCGUGCAGUCGACUCUGCCAAGGAGAACGGAAGAGAAAACCCAUCUGCACCAGAGAAUCUGAUCAGCUCACAGUUUCAGAUCAAAGGUGUGAUCGGAUACCUCAGCCAGAGCCGGUCACGGAACCUUGUGGCACAGAUUGUGAAUUAAGAUGGCACAUUGCUGGCAAAAGUGAAUGUAGCGCCCAGUGUGGCUUGGGCUACCGCACUCUCGAUAUCUACUGCGCCAAGUACAACAGGCCCGAGGGGAAGACAGAGAAAGUGGAUGACAGCUUCUGCAGCAGCCACCCCAAACCGAGCAACCGGGAAAAGUGCUCUGGAGAAUGUAACACGGGAGGUUGGCGGUAUACAGACUGGACAGAAUGCUCCAAGAGCUGUGAUAGUGGAGUGCAGAGAAGAAGAGCUAUCUGUGUGAGCCCUCACAAUGAUGUCUUGGAUGAUAGCAAAUGCAGACACCAGGAGAAGCUCACCGUGCAGAGAUGUAAUGAGUUCCUUUGUCCACAGUGGAAAUCUGGAGACUGGUCAGAGUGCUUGGUCACUUGCGGAAAGGGGCACAAGCACCGCCAGGUCUGGUGUCAGUUUGGCGAAGAGAGGCUGAACGACCGACUGUGUGACCUUGCCACCAAGCCCGACUCGGUGCAGACCUGUCAGCAGCAGGAAUGUGCAUCCUGGCAAGUAGGGCCGUGGGGACAGUGCAGUGUGACUUGUGGCCAAGGCUAUCAGAUGCGAGCUGUCAAAUGUGUCCUUGGAGCUUAUUUGUCUGUGGUUGAUGACAAUGAGUGUAAUGCUGCAACCCGACCGACUGACACUCUGGACUGUGAAUUAAUGUCUUGCCAACCUCCACCAGCUGCGCCUGAAGCAAGAAGAAGCACUAACGUUCAAAGAACCCAGUGGAGAUUUGGAUCUUGGACUCCAUGCUCAGCAACAUGUGGAAAAGGAACCCGGAUGAGAUAUGUCAGCUGUAGGGAUGAUGAGGGCUCAGUGGCAGAUGAGGAGGCCUGUUCUGCUCUCCCUAGGCCAUCAGCAAAGGAAGUGUGUGCCGUGACCCCUUGUGGGCAGUGGAAGGCCUUGGAUUGGAGCCCUUGCUCCGUGUCCUGUGGACAAGGUAGGGCCACUCGGCAGGUGGUAUGUGUCAACUACAGCAACCAGGUAGUUGACCGGAGCGAGUGCGACGUGGAUUAUAUCCCAGAAACGGAACAGGACUGCUCCAUGUCGCCCUGCCCGCGCCAGAGCCACGACCGGGACGUGCCCCAGCACCCCUUCCAAAACAAGGAUUACCACCCCAGAAGCGCCAGUCCCAGCCGCACCCAUGUGCUCGGGGGCAACCAGUGGAGAACCGGACCCUGGGGGGCAUGCUCCAGUACGUGUGCUGGUGGGUUCCAGCGGCGAGUUGUCGUCUGUCAAGACGAAAAUGGAUAUGCUGCCAAUGACUGUGCAGAGAGACUCAAACCUGAUGAGCAGAGAUCAUGUGAAUCUGGCCCGUGUCCUCAGUGGGCUUAUGGCAACUGGGGAGAGUGCACCAAGCCAUGUGGUGGAGGAACACGGACCAGACUGGUGGCUUGCCAACGUCCUGAUGGGGAAAGAUUUACAGACCUGAGCUGUGAAAUUCUGGAUAAGCCUCCGGAUCGUGAGCAGUGCAAUACUCAUUCUUGCCCUCAAGAUGCGAGGUGGAAUUCUGGCCCUUGGAGCUCGUGCUCUGUCUCUUGUGGUCGGGGGCAUAAACAACGAAAUGUGUACUGCAUGGCAAAAGAUGGCAAGCAUUUAGAGAGUGAUUACUGUAAGCAUCUGGCUAAGCCCAACGGGCAAAGAAAGUGCAGAGGAGGAAGAUGUCCAAAGUGGAAAGCUGGAGCCUGGAGCCAGUGCUCCGUGUCUUGUGGCCAAGGAGUCCAGCAGAGGAAUGUGGACUGUCGGACUGGAGCCCACAAAACAAGGGAUACCGACUGCAACCUGUACACGAGACCUGCAUCUGAGCAGACCUGCCACUCCCCGGCGUGUCCACUGUACACUUGGAGGGCAGAGGAAUGGCAGAGUUGCACUAAGACGUGUGGAACGGGCUCCAGGUACCGGAAGGUUGUGUGUGUGAAUGGAAACGAAGUCGAGGAACACAGCCUGCACUGUGACGCGAGCCAGCGUCCGGCGGACCGGGAGAGCUGCAGCUUGCAGCCGUGUGAAUACAUCUGGAUCACCGGCGAAUGGUCGGAGUGCUCGGUGACCUGUGGCAAGGGUUAUAAACAAAGGCUAGUUUCAUGUAGUGAGAUCUACACCGGGAAAGAUCAUUAUGAGUACGGCUACCAGAACACCAUCAACUGCCCGGGCACCCAGCCUCCCAGCAUCCAUCCCUGCUUCCUGAGGGAGUGCCCCGUCUCAGCCACCUGGCGAGUUGGAAAUUGGGGAAGCUGCUCGGUGACUUGUGGAGCUGGCGUGAUGCAUCGCUCGGUGCAGUGCUUAACGAAUGAUGACCAGCCAAGCAGUCUGUGCCCCAUUGAGUUAAAACCUGAAGAAAGAAGAACCUGCCACAAUAGCCAUAACUGUGAGUUACCCAGAAACUGCAAAGAGAUGAAAAGGAUGAAAGGUGUCAUUGAAGAUGGGGAGUAUUAUCUCACAAUCACUGGAAGAAUUCUCAAGGUCUUCUGUGCUGGCAUGCAGUCCGACAAGCCCAAAGAAUACAUUACCCUUGUCAGUAGUGACUCCGAGAACUUCUCAGAGGUUUAUGGGCACAGGCUCCACAAUCCCACCGAAUGCCCUUACAAUGGGAGCCGGCGAGAAGAUUGCCACUGUCGGAAAGAUUACACGGCAGCCGGGUUUUCCUCCUUCCGCAAAGUCAGGCUGGAUCUGACCACUAUGCAAAUAAUAACCACAGACUUGCAGUUUGCACGGACACACGAUGGACGUCCCGUUCCUUUUGCCACUGCUGGAGAUUGCUACAGUGCUGCAAAGUGUCCCCAGGGACGCUUUAGCAUCAAUCUUUAUGGAACUGGCCUGUCGUUAACAGAUGCAUCCAGAUGGGUUUCACAAGGGAACUAUGCUGUCUCUGAAAUUAAAAAGUCACCGGAUGGCACCAAAGUCACUGGGAAAUGUGGUGGAUACUGUGGAAAAUGCACACCGUCUUCUGGAACCGGCCUGGAGGUGCGAGUGCUCUGAUACUGGUGCUCUAAAAAGGAUACCAUUAUGGGAUGGAUGAAGGAUCAUAAUGCAAUACCUCCACCUUAAAUUUUGGUGUGUGUGUGUGUGUGUGUGUGUUUGUGUGUGUGUGUGCACACAUGUGUGCAGUUGUGUGUGUAAGUAUGUGGUGUGAAGACAUAAGUACGUGAGAGUUUGUAUGUAUGUGUGUAUGUGUGUGUACAUAAACAUAUAUAUAUAUGUGGAAUAUCCUAAUGAUGUAAAGUUUAAUAUUUAUGUUUAAAAUUAUUUAUUGUGAUUUAAUAUUUUUGUACGUAAAAUGUCUCUCUUGUGGCUGCCUUUAUGCUCAUUUUGUCUUUUGCAGCCAGACUACUGCAUUUUACGUACUCUACAUCGUAUGUAGUUCUGUGACAAAAUGUUCCUGUAGUAUUAUCAUGGUACAUUAUGGUUUACUUUCAAUCUGUACAUUGUUUAUAUUGUUACUUUUGUAUUGUAAUUUUUUGAAAAAGCAAAACCACAACCCUCUUAAGGUGCUACAUGAAAACACAAUUUUUUUAAUUUUUAUUUUGGAUUUUUCUUUGCAUUUUAAUGGAAUGGUUUCUAGGAAAACAUAGCAGUUCUUGCUGGUAUCACAAAAUAUACAGACUGGUAUCACAAAAUAUGCAGGUUUUUAAUUAUGUCAGAGUUCAUGAUAAAUUUCAUAUGCACUCUGUGAAAAGCAACUGUGAUGGUGCUAAUGUAUAUUUUUUCAAUAAUGUUUAAGAUUAGAAUAGAAAACAUAAACCUAAAAUGGAGGAAUGGAAGGAAAACUUGAGAUGGUCAAAAAAAAAUCAUUUCGAUAAAAUCAAAUGAUCAAAUGUUUUUUAUCCUAUUGUGAAUGUCUACUUUUUUUUAAGUGAGCAGAAUCUAUCCUUUUUCUAUCGAUAAUCACUCACUACUUUGCUUCUGCUCAUGGUGCCUUGAUUUCCCUGCAAAUCAAAAUGGAGGUUGAUGGAGCUGCCACGUUACAGAAUGCCGGGAAAACAAAUGCGGUCAGGUGGUUUGCCAAUAGAACCUAAAAAUAUGAACUGAUUACCAGAGUUCCCCCACUGACCACACAGGAACAGUGGCUGGUGAAAGGUAGCAUGCUGAAGAACAGAACCGUGAUGUGGGUCAUGUAUAUUGUAUAGUGCCUAUUUUUAUUUAUAUCCUUACCCAUAUCCUGAUCUUUGGGCCUCUGGGUCAUUGGGACCACUGCAGGUUCCAUGGAUGUUCUAGGGGAUCAGAGUUUGUUAGCAGAAAGAGGCUAUGGAGUCCGAGAUGAUCACUUUUCAUUAACAAGCUAUGCAAGACUUCUCCCGGAUACGGAUGUGCCAAAGCCUUGGUGUCUGUCCUUCUGUAUGUCCAAUCUGACCGGAAGGAAGAUAAUAUCACCAGAGCCUUCACGCAUAGAAACCUUGGGUUAAGACUUCUUUCCCUGAUUCCAAGGACCAAAGAGAUUAGGAAAAGUUGGACAGUUUUCUCCAAGCCCAAGAAAAACUUCAGGGAAAACUAUAUUCAUGUAUGUAUGUGUUAUUUUCCAUUAUUAAGGCAUUAUUAAAACCUAUUAUGAAUAAAUACAGUGACCACAUCCAACCAUUUGCAACCCGUAUGUUUGCUAUGAUCUUAUUUGUGUCGCUAAGGAAAUGUUUCUAGUUGUUUUUCGUAUUACUCCUUUGGGAUGGCUUA